CUGUAUUUGAAGACAAACGUCCCACAGCAGACCUCAUUCACAAUGACGGAGAAUACUGCAGGUUCAGGGCAAAUUUACGUAGCUCUAAAACCUCUGACCUUCAUUUGUGCACUAUUUGGACUGUUUCCUUGCAGCUUCGGGAGAAACCGUGCCGACAGAACUGAACCAACUGUUUGUGUUUUCUUAAAUAUCGUCUGCUCCUUGGUCUGGAUAUGUUUAUUUGCUGUGAGAUUAUGUUUAAAACUCUUGCAUCUGUCUUCUGAUAAUGUGACGAAGGUACGAAUUCUAACUGAAAUGAGUGUUAUUUCUACGCAUUUCACUAGCAUUAUAUGUUUAGUUCAUUUAUCGAUAGUCUGCAAGAACAAGUUUAUUCGGCUACUCGAAAAAGUUUCGCAAGCAGAUUAUGGACUGUUCACUCUGAGCGAAGAAAAAUACGUAAACAGAAGGACCAACUUCAUCAUCAUAACGGAACUUGCAGUUAUGUUACUACUCUUCAUAUCGUAUGAGAUAUCGUAUGAAAUAUACACUGCCCAAACACGUUCAAAAAGGGAGGUACUUGAUUACAUUACGCAAGUAAUUACCCUUUCUAGUUACAUAUGUAACACACUCACUGUUCUUCUAAUUAAUAAUUGUGUUCUAAUCGUGACGCAGAGGCAGAGACAUCUUAAUAAACAACUUACAACCUUCAUAAGUUGUCCUAAUCGUGUAAACAAAAUCAGUUACUGUGGACACAUUAAGCCUAUUAAUAAACGCAACGCGACUACUCCAUAUGUAUCUUUAAUAAGAGUCGAAACAAGUAAUCAUGUAUCUGGAAACCAAGAGAUACAUUCUAUAAGAAUCUUGUACAAUCAGCUGUACGACGUGGCUUGUAUUGUCAAUUAUUUAUAUGGAUUACCACUUCUUGCGAUGUCCUGUUGGAUUUUGUUAGACCUCGUUCUUAUCACGUACGUCGCGGUGACUUCUCUUGAUGUAGAUUUCAUCAUAACCAAUUCUAAAGAUAUCAUAUUCUUUUUGAUAUUUCUGAAAAUGAUCAUAAUGUGCCAAAUUUCUGAAAACGAAAUCCAGUCGUCGAUAAUCCUGGUGCAGAAGGUAAUGUUAGAGGACGAUUUAGGAUAUAAAGACUGUAAAGAACUCCUAAUGUUAUCGGCUCAGUUGAGGGAUAUGAAGAUUAAAUACACAGCUUGCAAAUUCUUUACAUUGAAUUUGCCAUAUCUGUGUAGUGUGGUCGGCGCGGUAGUGUCAUAUGUUAUAAUUAUGAUUCAGAUAGAAUGAGGCCACGUUAAUAGUGUAUUUUCAUAAACCCAGUGUAAUGUAAUAAGAGUGAAAUUCCAAUCU